UUGUGUAUUGUAACAAUUUUUCCGUUUUCUCUCACUUAUUUACAAACUGUUUACUGAACAUCAAGUGAAACUCAUAUUCUUCUAUAUUUUUAUAUAUUCUCAAGCGAUGGCGCGUCUCUACGACUCCCGCACAACGAUUUUUUCGCCGGAGGGCCGACUAUACCAGGUGGAAUAUGCCAUGGAGGCGGUUUUGCACUCGAGCACCUGCCUGGGUAUCCUGGCAAAGGACGGUGUCCUAUUGGCCGCCGAGCGGAGUACCGAUAGGCUUUUGGACACCAGUGUUGCGGCACCGAAGAUCUGCCGGUUGAAUGAGGGCUCGGCAUGUUGCGUCACGGGCAACACGGCGGAUGGAAAUGUGCUGACCAGCGAACUGCGAUUGAUUGCACAGCGGUAUUUUUUCACCUUUGGCGAGGCUAUUCCCUGCGAACAGCUCGUCUCGCACUUGUGUGAUACCAAACAGGCGUAUACGCAAUACGGAGGCAAGCGACCAUUUGGCGUGUCCCUUAUCUACAUGGGCUGGGAUGCCCGCUUCGGAUUCCAGCUAUACCAAUCCGAUCCUAGUGGAAAUUAUAGUGGCUGGACAGCCACCUGCAUUGGCCGCAAGUACAGAGCGGCAAUGGCCAUGCUCGAGCAGGAACUCUUCAACAAAGGGUACUUAGAGCAGAAAUUGGAAAACGCCAAGGAUAUUGCUAUCAAGGUUUUGGGAAUGACUUUGGACAAUGGAAAGCUGACCCAAUCCAAGGUGGAAAUGGCCACAUUGCAGCGUGUUCAUAACACCACCUUCUACAAUGUGCUGGAAAAAGCCGAGAUCCGCAAACUAAUCGACAAGCACAACAAAUUGUUAUCGCAGGCCGCUAGGCGUAUGUUAUCCAACCCAUAAUUUCACACUGUUGUGAACUCCAUAUAUUGUUUCCGCAAGUAAAACGUUAAUAAUUCAAUUGCUUGAAAAGUAAUAAA